AUGGACAGCAAUGCUAGUAAGCAAUUCCAGCAAUGUGUGGAGCCUAACACUCAUUCGCUUUUAGAGUUGGAUUUUACAUGAAAGGGAGGACUUUGAGUUGAAAAGAGGAAUUCAGCAAUGUCUAUAGAUAUUGCCUACACCAAUCAGGUGAUCUCUAGCGUAAACUGGAGUUACAUCGAGGUAUUUGAACUUUUCACUUUUUCAGAAAGUCUACAAGAAAUUCUAUUUUUUGGAGAUUUUUGUCUUGAGAACCUUCGUCCACUCAAGCGGCUACGGAAAGUUUAUAGCCUGCCACCAGCACUGGAACCCAAGGUAAGUAGGAGGCGCAAGAGUAAGAGAGAAUACUUCGAAAGUCCUAUAGUGUCAGGUGCCGAAGCAGGAGCAAGGUGAUAUAGAAGUUUCUUUUCAAUGGCGCGAUAA